AUGUAUAGACUUGGGUACCCCAAACCCAAUACCCAAGUCUUUGGUUGGGUUUGGGUUACAAACAUAACACAUGAUGCUGAUCGUAUAGUAAAUAUUGUCGUUGAUCCAAAAGAUGAUCGUACGUUUGGUUACAGUUAUCAACCAGCAUCAUCAAAUAAUGAUGGAUCAUAUCAAUUUUGGGCAUUCAAAACCGAAAAACCCGCAAAAAACACAUCAAUUGUUUCAGCACUGCGAGAAAUAACCAGAGAAGAACAAGAAACUAAAUUUUUAUCUCCAAAUGCAGUUGAUGACCCUCUUAACAGUAAACCAGAAGAAUUACAACAGCCACCUAAAGGAUCAACGAAAGAUUUUAGUGAAGUCGGAGUUAGACAGAAAAGAAGAAAACUGACGGAGUCAAAUGAUCAACUAGAUGAGUUCACUGAAAGCAAUGGUAUCACCGUGAAUCAAGUAAUAGGUUAUUUGUUACAUCAAAGAAAUUACAACUCUAAUAAGAAAUUGGCGGAAAGCGACUGCUCAUGAAUUCUCAAUGAGCCAGAGGAGAUUCGUCAUACAGUCCCUC